UACCCCGCGGAAGUUGAUCGCUGGAGUGAAAUGGUGUGAAUAUGUGUGAGUAAUUUGCAUGAAACUGUGUGAGGAGCGUAAAAACUCUGAAGUUUUUCAGCCGGACGGUUUGACAGUUUGUCAGAGGAACAGAGGAACGUUUGUUGCAGGGAAAUGUUGGAGUGCGGCAUGCUGGAGCGGGACAAAAAUGCUCUCCGGAGAAACUCUGCUGUUCUGUGCAAACAGCUGGUCGUGGAUGAGCUGUUGAUCCAGUUACUGCAAGCUGAUGGCAUCCUCACCGAGAGCAUGGCAGAAACCAUCAUGGCAGAGCAAACAUCGCAGAAACGUAGCUGGCGUUUGUUGCUUCUCCUACCAAAACGAGGUCCCAAAGCUUUCCAGAGCUUCUGCUCGGCUCUCAAGGACACUGAGCAGCAGCACCUCUGUGACUUGAUAAUACAGUCACCUGAGAGGGACGACAGAGAAACACUCGUAGAUUGUAUUCAGGCUGAGAAAGUACCAGAAAAAAAGUCAGGGCAACAGGAGAAAACACAACAUAGCAGAAAGACGUCCUUAUUAGGCAAGGAGGAAAGGAGGGAGGUGAGCAACACCUCGUCAUUCUCAGCCAGGUCCUCUGAUAGAUGUGGAGCAUCCUUAGAGUCGUCCAGAAAGAUCAAUCCAAUCAGAGAGGAAAACAGGGACAAAGGCAAAGACAGGAGAAAGAGGAGUGUGAGGUCUUCUUUCCCACUUCCAACUCAGGAAGAAUGUGCUGCAAAGAGAGCAAGGACACAAGCGGAGUCCAUGGAGUUCAGUCUCGACGCCGACAGUCCCAUCAACUCCCCUGUUCUUCCAUGCUCUCAUGACUUUUAUUUCUCUCACUGCCAGCAGUCUUACAAAAUGAACUCCUCGCCCCGAGGCUUUGCCUUGGUCAUCAGUAAUGUGACGUUUGACUCCCGCGCCGCUCCUGACCUCGACCAGAGGAAAGGAGGUGAAGUGGACGAUGAGGUCCUCAGGAAGGUUUUCACAGAGCUGGACUACCACGUCAGUGUCCACAGGGACCUCGCUGCUCAGGACAUGAGGACGUGCAUCGAGAACUUCUGCAGGCGGCCCGAGCACCGGACAGUGGACAGCUGUGUGGUGUGUCUGCUCUCGCACGGAGUGGAUGGAGCAAUUUAUGGCACAGAUGGACAACUAAUUCAGCUGGACUGGGUGUUUGAGGCCUUUGACAAUGCACACUGUCCACUGCUUCAAAACAAGCCGAAGAUGUUUUUCAUUCAAGCCUGCAGAGGAGAUGAGAUGGACUGUGGAGUGGAGCAGUUAGACGGGCCGGUGAGGACCUCUUCUCCCAGCUGUGAGCAGCGAGAUGCUGGGAGGGAAGGAGAAGGAGACGCAGAUCCCAGGCAGAGACGCGACAUGGGGAGGCCCAGGAUUAAACUGCCUCAACGAUCAGAUAUGAUCUGUGGCUUUGCGUCUCUCAAAGGUCAGAGAAUUUGCACAGCAGCAAUGCGAAACACCAAACGAGGGUCCUGGUUUAUCCAGGACCUAAACACAACACUCCGACUUCAUGCCAGAGACACACACCUUUCAGACAUACUGGUGCAGGUAAAUGCACGUAUCAAGGAGAGGGAAGGUUAUGCCCCGGGCACCGCCCACCAUCGCUGCAAAGAGAUGUCCGAAUUCACCAGCUCACUCUGCAAAGACCUCUACCUUUUCCCCAAGUACCAGCCUCAGUAUUGAUAUGCAGAAGCGCACUUUAGACAAACAAACUCAGAAUGUUCAACAGAACUGCCCGAUUUUGCCUCACACUUUCACAUUCCCCCCUGGUAAAACUUCACAUCCAUUUCCAUCCCAACCUCAGGCACACAUGCAAACACACACUUCUUAAACAGGAAAAGGAGAUACUUGUGUUUCUCCACAUGCAUUCUGAAAUGAGAAGCAUGAAAUAUUUGUAUAUACGUUUAUGCCAGUAAGAGGGUUUAUUUGUUAAUCCUUUUCAGUCAAGCUGCACAGCAACCCUCAAGUCUCUUUUUAAAAUAGGUAUUUUUACACAGAUUUAUUUUUGUGUCUUCGUUUUGUAUGAAUGGUUUUUAUAUGAAUUUGUAAGCCCACAUUUUUUUUGUACAUAAAAGUUGUGAACAUAACUUGUUUUUAGUAUAGUGACAGGAAGAGGGCAGCACCACGAAGACUAAAUCAUUUCAUCGUUUCUUAUAGAUCAAUAAUAUUCAUGUCCUGCGGUUUUGGAGACAAAUGUAAAACAAAAAUGGUUUAAAAAGAAACAAGUUAAGGAGGUUAUAUUUUUCUCCUCGGUUUAUGAAAAUUAUAUAAUAAUUAUAUAAUAUUUUCUUUUGGAUAUAAAAGCGGAGUUGAAAACAUGCGGCUGUUUAAAUGUUAAUUUUAUAUCUUUAUUCACUUAUAAUUGUUAAGCUUCUCUUGCCUGUUUCUAGGUGAUGGGCUGGAAUUUGGUGCUACUCGCUGGUUUAUUCAUCCACAGUAUAAUUCCUGUCCUCUGUUUCUACAGUACCUUGCAAAAAUAUUUAUACCCUUAAAUUUUUUUUAGUUUUGUCACAUUACAACCACAGAUAUCAAUGCAUUUUAUUGAUGGAGCAACACAAAAUAGCAUAUAACUAAGUAAUAUAUAAGUGGAAUGAAAAGGAAAAAAAUAUUUUUCAAAAUAUUUUAGAAAUAAGCGUCUGUUAACAUCAGUUUCUAGUCUUGUCACAGAUUUCUAAUUAGAUUUUGGUCUGAACUUUGACUAGGCCAUUCUAACAUAUCAAUGUGCUUUGAUCUAAACUAUUACAUUGUAGCUCUGGCUGUGUUUAGUGUCAUUGUCCUGCUAGAAGGUGAAAUAUCCCAACUGUUUCUAAAAAAACUGCCUUGUGUUUAGCUCCAUUCCAUCUCCCCAUCAUCUCUCACCAGAUUCCCUGUCCCUGCUGAAGAAAAACAUUCCCACAGCAUGAUGCUGCCAACACCAUAUUUCACCAUAGGGAUGUUGUCUAAACUGUCUGUAGAUUUUAAAGUUUUCUAACCUAACCCCGCUUUAAACAUCUCCACAAAUUUAUCAGUAACCUGCCUGAUGUGUUUUUGGAAACUUUGUGUCCUUUCCUUCCACUUUACAAUUAUGCAUAGCUUUGCAUAAAAGCCAAGUGAAAAAAAUGUUUUUAGUUGUAUUGUGACAAAAUGUAAAAAUGUUCAAGGGAUAUUGAUGCUUUUGCAAAGCACUGUUGUGUUUAUCUGUGCUUGGGAAGUGUAUAUUUGAUGAAUUUUACAAUAACUGAUCCAGUCAGGAUAAACUAUGUCUUCCAUGAACAUGAAGCAGUUUUCUUACAGCAGCCUGUACCAUGUGAAGAUUUUCUGUUACACUCAUGACCAUGGUGGAGCUUUCAUAGCAUACCAUAUUAUUCUGGCAGCCCUCCACACACACAGAAAUAUAGCAAAAGACUUUGCGACAAUUAAAGGCCCCCAGAGGGGCCUCGGUGAGAAAAGGUAUGUUCAGGUACGGCAGUGUUGUUUUGUGGGAAAAGUAUGUAGCUGAAACAGUAUUGCUUUAUAACCGUCUGGACACGAAGAUGCUCCUGAGUACUACUCUGUUGUGGAUCAGUCAUUCGUUUUUUUCAUGAGAUAAUGGAGAGAUAAUAUGAAGCGAGAAGCAUUGGUGUGGAAGUGGAGUAGAGAGUUUUGAAGGUCAGAGUUCAUUGCCAAGUUUUCUUGUACCACACUGUGUGAACAGGGGGCUGAGGUGAUGUUAUCACCACCAAUGACUGCCAAAUGUUCUAUACAAUAAAAAAAAAAAAACAUUAAUUAUGAAAAA